AUGUGGGAAAAGAACAGAAGUCACUGCACGCUCCACUAGAAGUUCUGUAGGCGGCCGCUACCAUUUGCCACUCUCUGCUCUUCUUCACUCCCUUCCUCUUUAAAAAAAUCCAAAAAGGAAAAAGAAAAAAGAACACAUUUUGAUCGGCCAUUUUCAUGAUUCAGGUCUUUUUCAACAAAAAUUAGGGUUCUUUUCCCAUUUCAAGAAAAUUUUAGGGCUUCUUCCACCCUUUUUUUUUCCAUCAGAUUAAUUUUUGUAAAAGAAAAUGGAAAAGUUGAACAACAUUUUCAAGAAGAAGACUUCACCCAAAGAAGCAUUAAGGACCAGCAAAAGGGAAAUGGCUGUUGCUACCAGAGGCAUUGAGCGGGAGAUUUCAUCUUUACAGAUGGAGGAGAAAAAGUUAGUUGCAGAGAUCAAGAAAACAGCCAAAACAGGAAACGAGGCCGCCACUAAAAUUCUAGCUCGUCAACUUGUGCGACUGCGGCAACAAAUUGUAAAUUUGCAAGGUAGUCGUGCUCAGAUUAGGGGUGUAGCAACUCAUACACAGGCACUGUAUGCUAGCACCUCUAUGUCUACUGGAAUGAAAGGUGCAACUAAAGCGAUGACUGCCAUGAACAAGCAAAUGGCACCUGCGAAACAAGUUAAAGUGAUCAGAGAAUUCCAGAAGCAGUCAUCACAGUUGGACAUGACAAUUGAGAUGAUGUCAGAGUCCAUUGAUGAAACUUUGGAUAAAGAUGAAGCUGAAGAAGAAACUGAGGAGCUUACAAACCAGGUGCUGGAUGAGAUUGGUGUUGACAUUGCUUCGCAGCUAUCUUCAGCUCCAAAAGGUCGAAUUGCAUCGAAGAAAGUUGAAAAUGUUGCUCCCCCUAGUUCUGACUCUGCGGAUGUUGAGGAACUUGAGAAGAGGUUGGCCUCUCUUCGAAGAAUUUGAGGAAGAAGAACGUGCAUAUUCUAUAUUCACCUUUCUUUUUGUAUAAAUUCUCUUUAGCAUAAACGUAUAGUAUGUACUAAAUUGUAUUUCUGUGACUAUUGUUCUCUAGCACUAAACAUCAACAUUUAUGAAUUAAUAUCUAGAGGUAUAAAUGCUGUAAGAUUGACAAUGUGUUUUUGGUUUCAUAAUUGUGAAAUUAUUCCUCUGUUCCUGAA